GAAGUUAAGCCUUACACCAUACGUGUGCUAGUACGGAAGAAAGAGACAUUUGUCAAUGUUUAAGGAUUUUAUUUAGUCAAAAAAGUGCCGUAAAGCUUCACCAUGUGGAACCGUAUUCUUAUUCUCUGGGCCUGCAUUCAUAUCUCUGUUGUUGGUGCUUACAGCAUAAUGUCUGGAUACAUAGGAGAGAGAGUUGACAUCAGAUGCUCAUAUGAAUCUGGAUAUGAAUCAAAUUCAAAGUAUUUUUGUAAAGGGGAGUGUUUAUUGUUAAAUAAAAACAUCAUGGUUAAAUCAGGAUCUCCAGCUAAAGACGAGAGAUUCUCUCUGACUGACGACACGACGGCCAGAGUUUUCACCGUCACCAUCACUGAUCUGAGAACAGAGGAUCAAGGCCAAUACUGGUGUGCUGUGGGGAGGAGUAUUAUUACUGAUGUCUAUUCAGAGAUUUUGUUGCUGGUUAAACUGGAUGCAUUGGCUCAAACCCCUUUACCCCAAACUUCUUCACCUGACACAGGUUCAAUUGGCAUCAUCAUUGCAGGAGUUUUGUUUUUGCUCCUGAUAUGUGCAGUAUUGUUUGUGUUGGCCGUACGAAAGAAAAAGCUGACUUGUGGUCUGGCCUUCUUCACUGCAAGGCUUCAUCUGCCAUUAAGAAAAGUAGAAGAGAAUGAAUAUGAUAAAGGGGGCCCGACUGUCCUGCCAAACUCAAACACAGCUCAAAGGGAUAAUAGUUCGGCAGCAAACGAGAUUCACAGACCUGCGAACACAGAACCAGCCGACACCAACCUCUUCUAUAUAAAUGUUGCUGAUGCAGCGACUAACAGUCUGAGUCCAGAUCAGAUCUACACAGAAAUGAACGCCAGUAGACAGAGUCACGUUUAUCAGUGUCUUACAGCUGAAUCUGCUAAAGAAGAGUCGAUAUAUCACACUAUUGUUAAGAAACAGACUGACUGAACACAGACACCUCAUCAACAAACAACCAAACCCCUUAUUUUGCUUCACACU